AUGGAACUAGCUGGAGCCUACAUUGUACAUAUGGACGCAAAAUACGCGUCGCUCUUCUUCCGUGUUUGUGUGCACACCCGAUCUGCCAGCGAUCAGCGUGCACAACUGGAUGUACGAGGGAUUUUCCGGAUGGCUGUGGUCAUGUUUACGGCUUUGAUUGUCGGGGUCCUGUGCGACGGUUUUGUCCACACACAGAGAGGCACUUUUGACGGAGUGGAGCUGGAGAUUGGCUUCGCUUCUUGUCCCGGCAUAUGGGACUCAGUCCAGUUUAGAGGUUGUGACUUUGUUGGGGAGUGCACGGCUGCAGCUGUGUCCUCUGAUACGGAGAUAAGCGUUGAUAGCUCCACGUAG